CAUCUUACAAUAUUGUCAGCUGUGUGAGGACUCAUCCCUGGAUGGGCAAGAUUACAGACAUUCAGAGUUUGUCACAGUAAUAAUGGCUCCUCAAUACGCCCCAAGUCUUCGUUCAAGACUUCCGCUUGUCACUUUUCUUCUUGAAACCAUAUUUCUUCUACUGUUUGUCUUUUUUGUGAAAAUCGAACAACAUGAACCAAGAGAGUUUGACCAAAAGACUUUCAUUCGCUUAUAUGCAGAAUUCCAGGAUAUCCAUGUGAUGAUAUUCAUGGGCUUCGGAUUCUUGGCCACCUUCCUCGUACGAUAUGGUUUCAGUGGAUCGGGGUUCAACCUGCUGGUGGCUGCAAUGGCCACUCAAUGGGCUGUCUUGAUGAAUGGUUUUCUGCUGCCACAGCGUCAUCACAAUGGUGCGAUCUACAUCAAUAUGAAGAGUGUGAUCGAGGCAGAGCUCUGUGCAGCUUCGGCACUGGUUGCGAUGGGAGCGGUCCAUGGAAAAACGAAUCCGGUUCAGCUUUUGCUUAUGGCGCUGGUGGAAGUCACAGGAUUUGUGGUCAAUCAGUGGAUUGUGCGAAUUCUGCUUCAUGCAGAUUCAUUGUACAGCAUCAUGCUUCUUCAUGUCUUUGGGAGUCUUUUUGGUGUGAUGACAUCAUGGGUACUGCACAGAGAGCAGAUCAGACGCGAGAAACCAGAGAAAGAGAAAACUGACAGUAGGACUGGAUUAUUCGCCAUGUUGGGAACACUUUUCCUGUGGAUAUUCUGGCCCAGUUUUAACUCAGCAGUAGUGUAUAAAAAGUGGGAGACCGGACUGAAGCUCAAGGUGAUAUAUGGGACGUAUCUGUCUCUGGCUGUCAGUGUUGUCAUAGCGAUGUCUAUCUCUAUGCUCUCUAGCUCUAAAGGAAAAAUGAACAUGGUGCACAUCCAGCGCUCCGCCCUCUCUGGUGGUGUUGCUUUUGGAGUUGCCAUGACAGCAGUCCAGGCUCCAUGGAUUGCCAUGACGAUUGGUUUCUGUUCUGCUCUCUUAUCCGCCCUGGGAUGCCGGUACAUGAAGAGUCACAUGCUGUUUGCGUUUGAGUGUCACGACACCUGUGGCGUCCUCAAUGUUCAUGCCAUACCUGGAAUUCUGGGAUGGUUUGCUCUUUUGUUUCUACGGCUGGCCGGUACAGAAAGCACAAUAGCUCUGCGGUUUGCUGUGCAUCACAUCUGUGUUCUCCUCAUAACACUGUGCAUGAGUCUGGUAAUGGGAAUAGCCACAGGACUGUUUUUGAAAUUGAGGAUCUGGAGACCUCAACAGGACAGAAAGUGCUUUGAUGAUCAGGCAUUCUGGGAGUUUCCACAUUUGGUGGUGAAGCUAUAAAGAGCUGGACAGACAAAAUCAUGAUUGCAGAGAACAUGUGUAAGAGAUGAAAUGUUAUCUAAAUAAACAUUUUACAGUUGCCUUAAUAAAUAAAUGUUAAACAAUUACUUUAGUUACUUUAGUCACACAAUGACAGACUUAUACAAAAAUAACUACGUAGUUCAACUUAUGAAACCAUAAAAAUAUAAAUCUAUGUAAAAAAUUACAUGCUGGAUAUAAAAAAACACAGCCUUCAUACAUAUUUACAACUGUUUUAUUUGUUUUGAACCCACAGCUGAAUGCAUUUUAGCUAUUUUUGUCAAAAAGAGAAACAGGGAUUACAUUAUGUUACAUUCUUUUAUUGUUUAGAAAUUAAAAAAUUUGUUAGUGUUGAAAAAUGAGUCUAUUCUCUGACUUAUGUAAAUUAUUUCCCCAUAACCACUGAAAUAAGAAGUAAUUGUGCUUAUAUUUAAAAAUAAAAUAAAAAUACAGACUUUAUUACAGCUCCCACAUGUCCAACCAUACACAGAGGACAAGCUUACAUCUCCAGAACACAAAACAUAAACCAGGGUUCUCACGAUCAUGAAAAACUUAAAAGAUGAGAUUUCUGCACCACUACAGCAGCACCAAACAGAAUAGCAAACAUAAUGGCUUUUUUCCAUCCAGUUUUAAACACCUCACCUGCUAUCGGUCAGAUGGACAGGUAGUCCCGUCUUUAGAAAAAAUAUUGCAAUUCUGUGUGGUUGUACUAGUGCAGAAAUUACAAACUUUAAAACUGUUCGGGCCAGACAAUAAAUAAUUUAACAGCUAUAAAUAGUUCCUUGCAAGCCCAAUUUCUAUA